ACCCGUCCCGAGGCUCGUCCGCUUGGGUGCCCGCUGCCCAGGCCGGAUGCCAGGGCGGGCAGGGCUCCGUGCAGGCGGGUGGAGGCGGGCAGGAAGCGCCGCGCUGCGUCGCGCCGAGCCGGGGACUCUGGGAGCCAGAGGGGGACACGCCGGCUUCUGACCCGCUGACCUCCCCGGGCCGCCAGCCGAAGGGCUCCCGGGGCCUGGGCAGCCGCGGGGAGCAGGAUAGAAGGCGGUGCUGUCUCCAGGGCUCUGACCUUUUCGUCCACCAUGAGGUGGAACUGCCGAUUGCCCAGAGCCUUUUGGGGCUCUGGUCUGGGAAGAGCACACCAGCCACCAGAUGAUCGAAUCCCCUUUCUGAUCCACUGGAGUUGGCCUCGUAAAGGAGAAUGUCCCCUUGGGCCCUCUAGGGCCUUUACACGCCACCAUGGAAGCUCAGUGGGCAGUGCUCCCCCACCAGGGAGGCAUGGACAGCUGUUCCAGAGCGUCUCUGCAGCUGAAGCUAUCCAGAGGCACCGCCAGAACCUGGCUGAGUGGUUCAUCAGGCUGCCCAGGGAGGAGCACCAGUUUGGCCCAACUUUUGCACUAGACGCGGUCCAUGUGGACCCUGUGAUCCGCGAGAGCACUGCUGAUGAGCUGCUUCACACACCUGUGGAGCUGGCUCUGGAACAUCAGCCGCCCCAGCCUGGGCUCCCCACGUUGGCCCUGUCUCAGCUUUUUGACCCGGAUGCCUGUGGGCGCCGGGUACAGACUGUGGUGCUAUAUGGGACGGUGGGCACAGGCAAGAGCACACUAGUGCGCAAGAUGGUCCUGGACUGGUGUCACCGGCGGCUGCCAACCUUUGAGCUGAUCAUCCCCUUCUCCUGUGAGGACCUGUCGUCCCUGGGCCCUGCCCCAGCCUCCUUGUGCCAGCUGGUGGCUCAGCGCAACAUGGCCCUGAAGGAGGUUCUGCCUCUGAUGGCUGCUGCUGGGCCCCGCCUGCUCUUUGUGCUCCAUGGCUUGGAGCAUCUCAACCUCGACUUCCAGCUGGCAGGCACAGGGCUUUGCAGCGACCCUGAGGAGCCAAAAGCACCAGCUGCCAUCAUUGUCAACCUGCUGCGCAAAUACAUGCUGCCUGAGGCCAGCAUUCUGGUGACCACCCGGCCCUCUGCCAUCAGCCGCAUACCCAGCAAGUACGUAGGCCGCUAUGGCGAGAUCUGUGGCUUCUCUGAUACCAACCUGCAGAAGCUCUACUUCCAGCUCCGCCUCAACCAGCCAGACUGUGGGAACAGCGCUGGGGGCGCAGGUGUCUUGGCCACCUCGGCUCAGCGUGACAACUUGGUGCAGAUGCUCUCCCGGAACCUGGAGGGGCACCACCAGAUUGCCGCCGCCUGCUUCCUGCCCUCCUAUUGCUGGCUCGUCUGUGCCACCUUGCACUUCCUACACACCCCCACUCCUGGGGGCCAGACCCUCACAAGCAUCUACACCAGCUUCCUGCGCCUCAAUUUCAGUGGGGAAAUGCUGGACAGCACUGACCCCUCCAGGGUGUCUUUGAUGGCCUAUGCAGCCCGAACUUUGGGCAAGUUGGCCCACAAGGGGGUGACCUCUCGCAAGACCUACUUCUCUGAAGAGGAUGUCCGCGGAUGCCUGGAGGCUGGCAUCGAGACGGAAAAAGAGUUUCAGCUGGUGCAUGUCUUCCGCCGGGAUGCCCUGAGGUUUUUCCUGGCCCCGUGUGUGGAGCCAGGACACCUGGGCACCUAUGUGUUCACCGUGCCCGCCAUGCAGGAAUACCUAGCUGCCCUCUACAUUGUGCUGGGUUUGCAUAAGACCACCCUGCAGCGGGUGAGCAAGGAUGUGGCUGAGCUUGUGGGCCGUGUAGGGGAGGAUGUCAGCCUGGUACUGGGCAUCGUGGCCAAGCUGCUGCCCCUGCGGGUUCUGCCUGUGCUCUUCAGCCUGCUUAAGGUGGUUCCACGAGUGUUUGGGCGCGUGAUGGGUAAGAGCCGGGAGGCGGUGGCCCAGGCCAUGGUGCUAGAAAUGUUCCGGGAGGAGGACUACUACAACGAUGAUGUUCUGGACCAGAUGGGUGCCAGCAUUCUGGGUGUGGAGGGGCCCCGGCGCCACCCAGACGAGCCCCCAGAGGAUGAAGUCUUUGAGCUCUUCCCCAUGUUCAUGGGAGGGCUUCUUUCUGCCCACAACCGGGCCGUGCUGGCUCAGCUUGGCUGCCCCAUCAAAAACCUGGAUGUCCUGGAGAAUACCCAGGCCAUCAAGAAGAAGCUGGGCAAACAGGGCCGCCAGGUGCUGCCCCCCUCGGAACUUCUUGACUACCUCUUCUUCCACUAUGAGUUCCAGAACCAGCGCUUCUCCGCUGAGGUGCUCAGCUCCCUGCGCCAGCUCAACUUGGCUGGUGUGCGUAUGACGCCCCUCAAGUGCACUGUGGUGGCAGCUGUACUGAGCAGGGGAAAGCAUACCCUGGAUGAGGUGAACUUGGCUUCCUGCCAGCUGGACCCCGCUGGGCUGCACACACUCAAGCCUGUCUUGCUGCGCGCCCGGAAGCUAGGUUUGCAACUCAACAGCCUGGGCCCUGAGGCCUGCAGGAACCUCCGAGACCUACUGCUGCAUGACCAGUGCCAAAUUACCACUCUGCGGCUGUCCAACAACCCGCUGACGGCAGCGGGUGCGGCGCUGCUGGUGGAGGGGCUGGCAGGAAACACUUCGCUGACACACCUGUCCCUGCUGCACACUGGUCUUGGGGACAAGGGCCUGGAGCUGCUGGCUGCCCAGCUGGACCGCAACCAGCAGCUUCAGGAGCUGAACGUGGCCUACAACGGAGCUGGUGACACAGCGGCCCUGGCUCUGGCGAAGGCUGCCCGGGGGCACCCUUCCCUGGAGCUGCUGCACCUCUACUUCAAUGAGCUGAGCUCAGAAGGCCGCCAGGUUCUGCGGGACUUGGGGGGCACAGCCGAAGGUGGUGCCCAGGUCGUGACAUCGCUGACAGAGGGGACAGCAGUGUCCGAGUACUGGUCGGUGAUCCUCAGUGAAGUCCAGCGGAACCUCAACAGCUGGGAUCAGGCUCGGGUCCAGCGCCACCUUGAGCUACUGCUGCGGGAUCUGGAAGAUAGCCGUGGUGCCACCCUUAAUCCUUGGCGCAAGGCCCAGAUGCUGCGAGUGAAGGGCGAGGUCAAGGCCCUCCUGGAGCAGCUGAGGGGCUCUGGAAGCUGAGACAAUGGCUGCAGGCACCUAGCUGUGUAACCAUUGGCCCCCAAAACCCUUUCCUCUGUGGCCUCCUGGCUUGCACUACUCCUUCUAGAAAGACCCCUUCAAGGGCUGGAGGCAAAAGAAUGGACACACCUGUGCCAGCUGCCCUCCUAGGGCAUGUCCAACCAGUGAUUGGACCUGCAACCAAGCCUGCAAUUUCCAGGGUCAAAGAUGGGAAAUCACUGUUCUGGGCUUGUAGAGGGAACAUGCCUCCUCUCCCUUCUAAAAGGAACAAAGGGUGUGACAUUUUGGUGGCCAGAUGGCCCUGUAGUACCAUCCCCAACCUGGCCUCUCCCAAGGACCCUCUGGUCAUGUCACCAAGGUGGCAUAUGUCUUAUGUCCGUCAUGCCAAGGGUGAUGCCAUCCAGAACAUGAAUUGGAGGGUCUAAACCUCCAUCCAUCCAGACUCAGUCUCCACCUCCUGCCUUCAUGCCCAUCUGUGGACACUAAAAAUGCCUGCAGCCACUUUGCUCUCAUGUUGGUGCUUUCUCUUCACCCUUGUUCCCCCUUUACCAAGAUGGUACCUAUGGCUCGGUGGCCCCUGGGGCAGGUGCCCUGACUUGCUGCCAUUAAAAAGCUGUGUGUCUUCCAUGUACUGUGGCCUCUUCUUCCCUGGAUGCUGCUGUUCUUUGUAAUUCUGGUUAAACUGCUGACCACUUUGUGUUACAAGUGGUUCUUGGGCACUGGGUUCAGAGGUUGUGGGGGCUGGGAGAAGCCCAUGAACAAGAUACUGGGAUGGGGUAGGUCAUGCUGGGCCAUCGAAUUCUAUCACCUUUUUCAUAUUCCCCCCUAGGCUUGGAAUUGCAGUGACCAGCCAUCUGCCUUUCUCUGUACAUAGGGGGUGCUAGGACAUCAGCAGUGGGGCUCCAGAGGAAGUUGGGACCCAGGAAU